CUAAAACUUGCAAAAAGUUAAUGAACUGUCAAGUGCAGAGUGAUAGUAAAAUGCGUUAAAAUUUUAUUUAAUAUAGUCAAUGUCUGCCUAUCAAUGUAAAGUUAAGUGUACUAAGAAAAUUCAAAUAAACUGAAUAGUUGAUCUAUGAAGAUUAACUGUGCAUAAUUAAUAAAUAUAUAUUUAGUUAAAAAAAAUCUUUCGUACUUCGUAGACAAGAUGGUCGGCAAAAGCAACAAGCUGUAUGUCCUCAAGAGAGAUGGACGAAUGGAAGAAGUUCAUAUCGAUAAAAUUACUUCUAGAAUCAAGAAACUAUGCUACGGAUUAAAUAUGGAUUUCGUGGAUCCCGUUAGCAUAACUUUAAAAGUUAUUAAUGGCAUAUAUUCUGGAGUCACAACUGUGGAGCUGGACAAUUUGGCGGCGGAAACUGCAGCCACCAUGACUACCGACCAUCCAGACUAUGCAAUACUAGCUGCAAGAUUAGCAAUUUCAAAUUUACACAAGGAAACCAAGAAGCACUUCUCAGAGGUUAUGGCUGAUUUAUAUAAUAUUGUCAAUCCUUUCACAAAGAAAAGAACACCAAUGAUAUCAGAACUGCAUUACAACAUUAUGAAAAAUAACAAAGAUAGAUUGGAUUCUGCAAUUGUUUAUGACAGAGAUUUUAAAUACAAUUAUUUUGGAUUCAAAACAUUAGAGAGAUCAUACUUAUUGAAAAUCGACAAUAAGGUAGCAGAACGACCACAGCACAUGUUAAUGCGUGUCUCUAUUGGUAUUCACGGAGAAGAUAUUGAUGCUGCUAUUAACACUUACAACUUGAUGUCAGAAAAAUACUUUACUCAUGCAAGCCCAACACUUUUCUCAGCUGCUACGCCUAGGCCUCAACUUUCUUCAUGUUUUCUCAUUGCCAUGAAGGACGAUAGCAUUGAAGGGAUUUAUGAUACCCUAAAACAAUGUGCACUAAUAUCAAAGUCGGCAGGCGGCAUUGGUGUUCACGUCCAUUGUAUCAGAGCCAAAGGAACAUAUAUUGCUGGGACUAAUGGAGUAUCAAAUGGUCUGGUCCCUAUGCUGAGAGUGUACAAUAACACAGCAAGAUAUGUUGACCAGGGAGGUAACAAACGCCCUGGAGCCUUUGCUGUAUAUUUGGAACCUUGGCAUGCAGAUAUAUUUGAAUUUUUGGAUUUAAAAAAAAAUACUGGCAAGGAAGAAGUUCGGGCAAGAGAACUUUUUUACGCUCUUUGGAUACCUGAUUUGUUUAUGAAAAGAGUUGAAAAGAAUGAGAAAUGGAGUUUGAUGUGUCCACACAACUCUCCUGGAUUAGCAGACUGCUGGGGUGAAGAAUUCGAGGCUCUGUAUGAAAAAUAUGAACAGGAAAAUAGAUUUGUGAAGCAAGUCAGUGCACAAAUAUUAUGGAAAGCCAUUAUAGAAUCGCAAGUUGAAACUGGAACCCCUUUCAUGCUUUAUAAAGAUUCUUGCAACCGUAAAAGCAAUCAAAAAAAUCUCGGUACUAUUAAAUGCAGUAAUUUAUGCACUGAAAUAGUUGAGUACACUUCAUCUGACGAAGUUGCAGUAUGCAAUUUGGCUUCCAUUGCAGUAAAUAUGUUUGUUGAGAACAAAACAUUUAACUUUGAGAAAUUAAAACAAGUCACUAAAAUUGCUACACAGAAUUUGAAUAAAAUUAUUGAUGUUAAUUUCUACCCAGUCCCAGAAGCUAAAAACUCUAACACAAGACACAGACCCAUUGGUAUUGGGGUUCAGGGUAUGGCUGACGCAUUUGUGUUGAUGAGGAUUCCAUAUGAAAGUAAAGAGGCUAUACUUCUCAAUCAACAAAUCUUUGAAACAAUUUAUUAUGGUGCACUAGAGGCCAGCUGUGAAUUAGCUGAAAAAGAUGGAGUUUACAGCACUUAUGAGGGAAGUCCAGCGAGUCAAGGUAUUUUGCAAUAUGACAUGUGGAAUAAGACUCCCACUGACCUUUGGGAUUGGGCUGCACUUAAGGAAAAAAUUGCAAAACAUGGUCUCCGUAAUUCCCUUUUAUUAGCACCAAUGCCUACUGCGUCUACUGCACAAAUCCUUGGAAACAAUGAAUCUUUUGAACCGUUUACAUCAAAUAUAUAUCAACGAAGAGUGUUGUCUGGUGAAUUUCAAGUCGUUAAUCAUCAUCUUCUGACUGAUCUAACGCAGGCGGACCUCUGGGAUGAUGAAAUGAAAAAUCUUAUAAUCCACAAUAAUGGUUCCAUACAAAACAUUGAAAAAAUCCCAAAAGAAAUAAGAGACUUGUAUAAGACAGUGUGGGAAAUUUCCGUCAAAACGACCAUACAAAUGGCUGCCGACAGAGGUGCAUUCAUAGACCAGAGUCAGUCCUUCAAUAUACAUGUAGCCGAGCCAAAUUAUGGGAAACUAACUUCCAUACAUUUCUAUGCAUGGAAAAUGGGGCUCAAAACAGGAAUGUAUUAUUUACGAACGAAACCAGCUGCUAAUGCAAUUCAAUUUACAGUUGAUAAGUCUAAAGUAAAAUUAGCCAAUGGAAAUACUCAAAAAGAUGAAGCCAAUAUGUCUAUGAUUGCUUGUUCCUUGUUAAACAAGGACGACUGCUUGAGCUGCGGAUCUUGAUUUAUAUCAAUUAUAAUUAUAUCUAAUGUUUCUAAAUGUAGUACUUAAGUGUGACGUUUUACAAUACAGAAUCUUCAAUGUUAUUCAUAAUAAUCUAAAUAGUCACUGCUAUAACCAGACUGACAAUUAUUGAAAGAGAAAAAUAGUUAUUAAUCCAUGUUUCUGGAAUUAAUUAAUAGGCAUUUUGAAAUAAUAAAUACAAUUACUUAAACAAA